CUCGCGAGAGCUGCGGACGUGAAAAUGGCGGUGCUGCUCGAAACGACGCUCGGUGAUAUUGUUAUUGAUUUGUUCACAGAUGAAAGGCCUAAAACCUCUUUAAACUUCUUGAAGUUAUGCAAAAUCAAAUAUUACAACUACUGCCUCAUCCACAAUGUGCAGAGAGAUUUCAUUCUACAGACUGGAGACCCCACUGGAACGGGUCGUGGAGGAGAAUCUGUGUACUGCAAACUAUAUGGAGACCAGGCCCGCUUCUUUGAUCUAGAAAAGGUGCCUCGUAUAAAGCACAAGAAGAGGGGGACGGUGUCGAUGGUGAACAAUGGACAUGAUCAGCAUGGCUCUCAGUUUCUCAUUACAGCUGGUGAAAACCUGGACUAUCUGGAUGGAGUACACACUGUAUUUGGAGAAGUUACUGAAGGGAUGGAUGUCCUGACAAAAAUCAACGAGUCCUUUGUUGACAACGAUUAUGUCCCAUUUCAGGAUAUUAGAAUAAAUCACACAGUGAUUCUGGAUGAUCCAUUUGAUGACCCUCCAGACCUGCCUGUGCCUGACCGAUCACCUGAGCCCACCAGAGAGCAGCUUGAUAGUGGCCGCAUUGGAGCUGAUGAAGUCAUCGACGAUACAGAAGGGAAAGGAGCCGAGGAACUGGAGGAGAGGCUGAAGGAGAAAGAAGCAAAAACUCAUGCUAUCCUUCUGGAGAUGGUGGGUGACCUCCCUGAUGCAGACAUGAAGCCUCCAGAAAACGUGCUGUUUGUGUGCAAACUCAACCCAGUGACUACAGACGAGGACCUGGAAAUCAUCUUUUCUCGCUUCGGGUCCAUAAAAAGUUGUGAGAUCAUCAGAGACUGGAAAACUGGAGAUUCUCUUUGUUACGCUUUUAUUGAGUUUGAAAAGCAAGAAGACUGUGAGAAGGCUUACUUCAAAAUGGACAACGUGCUCAUCGAUGACCGAAGGAUUCAUGUUGACUUCAGCCAGUCAGUUGCAAAGAUCAAGUGGAAAGGAAAAGGUGGGAAGUACACAAAAGAUGACUUCAAAGCCUACGAGAACGACUUGGAGAACCGAUCCAAACUGGCUCUUAAGGAUCAACUGAAGCCUAAACAAGAUUCCAAGUAUGACUUGCUAAUUGAAGAUGAAAUGAAAACAAGCCACGGGCACUCUGAGAAGAAGCCCCACCAUUCAGAUGAGGAGGACAGAAGGAAGUCCAAAAAGCACAAGGACAGUGAGGAGAGCCGGCGUGACAAGAAGUCAAAAGGCCGCCAGCGCUCACGCUCACGCUCCAGAGACAGAGAACACAAGCACAGCAAGUCUCGGUCCAAGCACGAGCGAGACUCCAGGGACUGCAGCCGCUCCCCCAAACGCUCCAAGGACAAGGAGCGCAGUCGACACAGAUGAGGACGAGUCGGGAGGAUGGUUCAUUUUCACCCACCGCCAAAAGACGAAGGGCAGCAAAUGUUUUAGCCUGUGUGCAUGUUGUCUGUUAGCAAAAAAUCUCAUUUUCCACUGGACAGAUUUGAGUGAAACACCCAGGAAGUCAUCAUUUGAUAAACAGCUACAGCUGGUAAAUGGCCUCCACAGCCAUCUGAUCUUAGCAAACA